AUGGGUAAUACAGAGAGCACCGUGUCAAAAGGCGUGAAGGCACAAGCCAGCGCCAGCCUGCCAGUCUAUGACCUCGUAGACGUCAAUGGCGGUGGAGAGCUGAUCGAGUUGAUGAAGAAAGCCACCAAGACCAAAGACUACACGGAGUUGGAUGAAGCGAUCCGCAUUAAGGUGGCGGCGAUGGCGUAUAACAAGGGACAAGGAAAAUGUAUUAACGUCCACACGCUCGUCGCACGCAGGAAUGCCGAGAAGCCGCUCUCCAAACAGAUCACGUUCCCUAAAAACCUGCCUGGGGAAGAAGCUGUCGCGGGGAAGUUCCAGCCUGGCGUCGAUGACCCUGCCAAGUUGACGGACAACGAAACAUAUCGAUACCAGUUCUGGGACCUGGAGCAUGUGGGGGCUGUGGGCGAGACGGUAGUGCACUUGUGUGUUCUCAACGCCACGUCCAUACACAAUGAGCUGCUCAAGCGCUGCCUCAGGAUAUACCCUUACAUGAUCAAUGAUGUCUACUUGGCUGACGAAUAUUACGGGGAAAAUGCUCUCCAUAUCGCCAUCGUGAACGAGGACCCAGCCAUGGUGAAGGUGCUGCUGGACUACGGCGCUAAUUAUCACGAGCGAUGCAUUGGGAAUUUUUUCUGCACCGAGGACCAGAAACCAUACAAGCAAGAUAACUACAACCACGAGUGGUACGACUUGCCCGUCAAAAGCAACUACUACGGGUACGUUUACUGGGGCGAAUAUCCUCUCUCGUUCGCCGCGUGCCUGGACCAGGAGGAGUGCUACCGCCUUAUACUGGCCAGGGGAGCAAACCCAGACAACCAGGACACAAACGGUAACACAGUCACUCAUAUGAUGGUCAUUUACGACAAAAUGGAGAUGUUCGACAUGUGCUUCGAGGCCGGGGCGACCAUCAGUCUCCCCAACCGCCAGAACCUCAUCCCCAUGACGCUCGCCUGCGUGCUCGCACGUCGGGACCUCUUCUUCCACAUCCUGAACAUCACGAGGGAAAUAUACUGGCAGAUUGGCUACGUGACUUGCGCAGCUUAUCCACUGGAAUACUUCGACACAAUCAACGUCAAGACUGGAGACACAGAGACCAAGUCCGCGCUCAACCUCAUCGCUUAUGGGAAUAAAGAAGAGCAUUUGGACCUCAUGGAGGGGCCCGUCGUGGACCUCUUGAAGACCAAGUGGGCAACGUUCGUGAAGUUCAAGUUCUACAAUCUAUUCUUCGUCUUCCUCACGUACUUCCUGAUCUCUACGGGAGCGUACGUGCUGCGUCCAGUGCCCUGCGUACCAAUUGGGUCUCGGGUCGCCGCCGCGCCCAAGCCGGCAGUGCUGCUGCUGCCGGCGCUAGGGAUCACCUGUGUCAACGUUAGCGUCUUCCUGGCGGACAACACGCGAUUACAACAUUCAAGCGUGACUACGUUGCCGAGUGAAGACCAAACGUUUGCGAGAAACUCAAUGCUGGGUGCAGAUUCGGUCUUUGAGUCUCCAAUCCUAUUGUCGACGUCGGGAUCAAACCUGCCGAUGUCAAAGCAAUCAGAUCUGCACGUAACGUCAGAGCCUGAAAUUUUGCGGUUUGAGAUCGAGAUGCCAAGUGAAAAGAUUUUAUCGAGCAGCGUCAUUUCAGAGGCUUCUGUCACUGCAAUGCCUGAGGAUGCCGUCACCGUGCGAUAUGUCGUUGAAGGAGAAGAGAUGUCUGUGACGGUGUCGAGUGCAUUGCACGACAUUCUUUCCCCGUCUGCUGACGAAGACUCAAACGUCACGACGCCGGACCCGAAGAAAGAUGUUCGUCCUCUCACCGCCUCGUCGUUCGCGUGCUAUAACUCCUCACACUACCUCACCCUCGAGGGCCACAACACGUCCUUCUUCGUCACCAAGAUCGUCAAGAGAGCGAAGCAGCAAGGCAAUCUGGUGGCCGAGGCUGCUGAAAGCCUCUUCCCUCAAGACGACAACGACACCAACACCACGACCGACCCUUGCCACUGCUACCUCUGGCAAAAGCCUGAUCCUCUGCCCACGGGAGAGGUCUACAUUCUCGGAGUGUCGUGGACCGAGGGCUCAUAUUAUGUUCGUAUUUGCUGUGAAAUUUUAACAGCACUAGGAUCACUGGCUUACAUCGUUGGCGCUGCGAGAGAGGCAAGAUUUCAAGGACUGCAAAUGUUCUUCGAAAACUUGAGCACGGUACCAUCACGCGUGCUGUUCUUGUUCGCGUGCGUGAUGGUGAUGUUCAUGGUGGUUAUGCGCCUGAUGUGCCAGGGAGUUAUCGAAGAUUGUCUGGCUGUCAUGGCUAUGCUAUGCACUGGUCCCUAUUUCCUAUUCUUCUGCAGAGGAUUUAAGACUGUGGGUCCGUUCGUGACCAUGAUCUACACGAUGCUGGUGGGGGACUUGUUGCGCUUUGUCACCAUCUACUUUGUCUUCGUCAUGGGAUUCUCACAAGCCUACUAUGUGAUCUACACCUCGUACAUGGCGAAGGCAGCCAAGAGUCACUGCAAGACGAACCCUCUAAGCACGCCCGUGGAGAGCGUCAUGAACAUGUUCAUCAUGUCACUCGGAAACUUCGGCAGCGUAUAUGAGGGCACUGAAUGUACGGCGCAUGAAACUUCAGGCAAGGUAUUAUUCAUCGUAUUUAUGGCCAUCGUAUCGCUGCUGCUCAUCAACUUACUCAUUGCCAUGAUGGGUAACACGUACACCAUCAUCGCAGAGAUGAAAAACGAGUGGAUGAGGCAGUGGGCGAGGAUCGUGCUGGUCGUGGAGCGAGGAGUCAAUCCAGAAGAGCGGCUGCGGCAACAAAAGAUAUACUCCCAGCCCAUGGCAGACGGGCGGCCGGCGCUCGUCCUGCGGCUGCAUCAAGACGAGGAGGAACGCGACGAGAUGCGCGACGUGCUCGACAUGAAGCGUGUGCAUCGCAAGUACGUCCAGCGUCGCCUGGCCAAGCAGCAGCGCGCAGCCAACGCCGCCGCUAACGCCAACGCCAAGACCAACGAGCCGGGCACUCGUGAUCCGGUCAGCGGCGCUAUUGGGAAGUAAAGUUCUGUAACAUUGGCUCCGAACCGG